AUGCUUCGUCGUUUACUUUACCCAGUGUCUGCUGAUUUCAAAUUAAUUGAAGGACAACUUAAAUGUUUCUCUAACAUGCAUACAACGUCAAAAACAAGAGACUCUUUUGGUUUACAUAAUAAUCACAGUCUUUCUCGUAAUAGGACAGAUGUGUUGCCAGAACAUCCUAACACUUGUACACCAAUUGCCGAUUUUUAUGCAGGAAAAUCAAUUUUGAUUACUGGCGGAGCUGGCUUUUUAGGAAAGGUUUUUAUAGAAAGACUACUCUUUAAUUGUAGUGAAAUAGAUAAGAUUUUCGUUAUACUUCGAGAAAAGAAAGGUAUUAAAGCUGAACAAAGACUACAACACAUAACAGAAAGUCCACUCUUUUCAAAAUUGAAGGAAACGAGACCAAAAGAUUUAGAUAAAAUUGUUCCUAUAGAAGGUGAUAUGGAAUUAGAAAGAUUGGGUCUAAAAAGUGAUGACCAAAAAACUAUUUUAGAAAACGUAUCCGUGGUAUUUCAUUCAGCCGCUGAAAUCAGAUUCCACAAACCAUUGAAGCAUACUUUAAAAGUAAAUGUGGAAGGAACGCGAGAGGUUUUGAAAUUGUGCCGUCAAAUGGAUAAAAUGGAGGCAUUUGUAUAUGUAUCGACAGCAUACAGCCAGGCUGAGAGAAAAAUAAUAGAGGAAAUCGUAUACCCACCGCCUGACAAGCUCUCAGAAGUGUACAAAACGCUUGAAAGUAACAACAGCACAAAGGAAAUGAAACAGAUAUUAAAAGGCAAAUUCAGCACAUAUACAUUUUCAAAGGCAAUGGCUGAGUCGCUGGUCGCAGAAGAACACGGAAAUGUGCCUACGAUUAUUGUACGGCCUUCUGUAGUUGGUGCGAUAUGCGGCGAACCACUUCCAGGCUGGGUGGAUAACUGGAAUGGUGCUACAGGAUUAAUAUAUGACUUUGGCAGAGGGGUUAACAAAGUAUUCCAUGGACAAAGAGAAACGAUUACCGACAUGAUCCCUGUAGAUUAUAUUGUGAAUUUAGCAAUAGUCGCAGCAACGAAAUGCAGCGAUAAUAAAGAUGUGAAAGUUUAUAACUCCUGCUCAAGUUUAGAUAAUCCUUUAAUUUGUGGCUAUUUAAAGGAUAAAUGUGCUGAAGCCUAUCGAAAAAUACAUAAUGAUAACAGUACAGCGAAGGCGUAUUUCUUUAAGUCACCUUGGAUGGUGUCAAUUGUGUGUCUAUUAUACCAAAUGGUGCCAGCUCAUGUAGCCGAUUUCUGGUUGCGAUGUCGAGGAAUGGAACCGCGAUAUGUAAAAGAACUAAAACCAGCGAUAGUACGUCGAGAUCUGCUCAAGAAGUUAACGUCGAUGUCGUUCUUCUGGAGAACAGAACAGACGCGAAGCUUGUACGUGACAUUAUCACAACAAGAUCAACGACAGUUCCCGUUUGAUCCAAAAAAUGUAUCUUGGGAUGAGUAUUUCGAAAAUUAUUUCAAAGGAAUUUAUAAAUAUUUGAACGUUAAAAAGUAGCAAUAUAUA